UCGCAAUUUUCUUUUCUAAACAUGAGAGAAAUCAUUCACGUUCAAGCUGGUCAAUGUGGUAAUCAAAUUGGUCAAAAAUUCUGGGAAACAAUCUCAAAAGAACAUGGCAUCGACGCCAAUGGCAACUACACAGGAGAUAAUGAUCUCCAAACAGAACGCAUCAACGUCUUUUACAAUGAAGGUUCUCAAGGAAAAUACGUCCCAAGGUAAAGAAACAAAAACUCUUCUCCUUAAACUCCUUACUCAAUAUAUCGUAGAGCUGUUCUUGUUGACCUUGAACCCGCAACGAUGGAUGCUAUCCGUGGUAGCGAAUAUGGCAAAAUUUUCCGCCCUGAUAAUUUCAUUAAUGCCCAAUCUGGUGCAGGUAACUCCUGGGCAAAGGGUUACUAUACAGAGGGUGCAGAACUUGUUGAGUCCAUCAUGGAUGUGAUUCGUAAAGAAGCAGAAAACACCGAUUGCCUUCAGGGCUUCCAACUCUGUCACUCUCUUGGUGGUGGUACCGGCUCUGGUCUUGGCUCGCUUUUACUUUCCAAGAUUCGUGAAGAAUAUCCUGAUCGUAUUUUGAGCACAUACUCUGUUGUACCUUCUCCUAAAGUAUCUGAUACUGUUGUUGAACCUUACAAUGCUGUCUUGUCUGUCCAUCAAUUAGUUGAG